ACACCUAUUCCCUUGCAAGUGUUGCUUGAUAGCAUUGUUCAUGAUCAUCACUUUUAUGAUUAAGAUCAGACUGAUAGGGUGGUAAUUGGUCAGAUUGGGUUUUCCUGCUUUGGUACACGCCUGAGUAAAUCUCCACAUUGGCAUCUACAUGCCAGUCACUACACUGGCACAACUAGGGCCAUGACUAAUUGCGGAGCUCAAGUCUUUGGUACAGUUGCUAGAAUAUUGUUACCUUUAGAAGUUUCCUGAUUGGAAUGGAGUGAAGUGAACUGGUGAAGACUGGUAUGUGUGUUGGUGGAAAUCUCAGGAGACCAAGAUAGAUCCUCCACUUUGAUGACGAUAGAUGCAAACAUUUCAGCCUUAUCUUUUUCCCUGGUGUGCUAUGGUCUCCCAUCAGUGAGAAUGGGAAUAUUUGUGGACACUGCAUCUCCUGUCAAUUUUUUAAAUGUCCAUCACCAUUGGAUCCACUGGUUAUGAGAAGGCAUUUUCACCACUUAACUGCCAACCAUUGAUCAUCUCCAACAGAUAAUCUAACCUUCAACCCCCUCAACCCCACUUGGCAUUCAAUAGCAUGACCAUUGCUGAAUCCACACCUGAAUCAACAUCCUGAGGUUAGCAUCGACCAGAAACAAAACUGAACUCGGCAUAUAAUUACUGUGUCCUUAAGAACAUGUCUGAGGCUAGGUUCCUGCAGCAAGUAACUCACUGCCUGACUCCCCAAAGCCCACUGACAAGGAAAAAGUUAGGAAUGUGACAGCAUACUCUCCACUUGCCUGGACGAAUGCGGUUCCAACAAGACUUGAGAAGCCUGACACCAUCCAAAACAAAGCGACUCACUUGUUUGGCGCCAUAUUCAGAAACAUUAAUCCCCUCCACGAUCAACACUCAGUAACAGUGAUGUAUACUACUUAAGGACGCACUGCAGAAAUUCACAAAGGCUCCUUGACAGAGUUUUCCAACCCAUGAUUAUUAGAAGGCCAAGGGCAGCCAAUACAUGAGAACACCACUGCCACCACCUUAAAGAUUCCUCCACCACUCACAGACUUGGAAAUAUUUGGCUCAGUGUGGCUCUUGGAACUUGCCAACACUCCAGUCCUAUCCAUUAAAUGACUUGCACCAGUUUAAAAAAUGCAGCUCACUAAUAUCUUUCAACUAUGGACAGACAAUAAAUGCAAGCCCCCAGCACGAGCACAAGCUACUCGCUCGCGCGCAUACGCUGCGCCGGCGCAAUUCGUCACUGUGGAGAAGUAUUGCCUGAUGUCACCAGUAGAUGCGCACGCAGCCGCCACCUUCGCAGAUUCCUAUUGGGCCGCGUCGCGUGGCGUUACCAAGGAAAUUGUGGCGUUGGUGACAGAGGGACAGAGACGGGAAGGUGGUUGAGUCAGUAAGGGUCUGGCGGCUGAAUAGGAGCAACAAUGUCUCGGAUACGGCCAUUAGACAUGAGCAGGAAGCAGUACCAACAGCUGGCUGACACUCUCUGCAAACUUACCAAGCGUUUCAACAGACAUGAGGUGCAGUGUUUAAUGAAGGUCUUCAGCACGCUUGUUGCCACUUUCCCUGAGCAGCGGAUUGCAGUUGGACUGGAUCGAAACAAGUUCAGAAAUGUUCUGCACACUACGUUUGGAAUGACUGAUGAUAUGAUUACAGAUAGAGUUUUUCGUGUAUUUGACAAAGACAAUGAUAGCUAUGUCAACUUGAAGGAAUGGAUUGAAGGAUUAUCAAUAAUUCUCCGUGGGACUUUGGAUGAAAAAAUUAAAUUCUGUUUUGAAGUUUUUGAUCUAAAUGGAGAUGGGUUCAUUUCACGCGAGGAGAUGUUUCACAUGCUCAAAAGCAGCCUAAUCAAGCAACCAACAGAAGAAGAUCCUGAUGAGGGAGUUAAGGACUUGGUAGAGAUAGCACUGAAAAAGAUGGACUAUGACCAUGAUAACAAAGUUUCAUAUGCAGACUUUGAGAAGGCAGUAAAGGUUGAUAACCUCUUGUUGGAAGCUUUUGGAUCCUGCCUACCAGAUUCAAAGAGUGCACUUGCAUUUGAAGAACAGGCCUUCAAGAAAAACAAGGACGAUUAAUUUUUGUUGACGCUUUGUAAGAUUCCACUGUCAUUGUAUUCAUUUUAGUUAACUUAAUUACCAAUCGGUCAUGCACCAAGGAAUUUGUUAAAUCAAGCAUUGUGCACUUGGCUAAGUGUAUUUCUUGCUUAUCAACUUAUAAAAUAAGUCUUCCCGUUGCACCAGCUCAAACCUUCACGUUAAAUACAUGGAAUAUGAGUGGUACAAUACUGAAAUGCAAAUUGUUAUUUUUAUACAACAUUGACAUGUCAAUGAGAAAAUAAGUAUUUAACAUUGCAAAAUAAACAUAUACUUCCAGUUAUCUCAAUUUUUCUUUAAAAGUUGGAGAAAUAUGAAAAAUUGCGUUGGGUGUGACCACUCUUUGAAAAGCCUUUGAUAAGACAUUUUGUAGAAUUCUCACAGGAUAUUCCUGAUUAUUCAAAAAUUGUCUUAGUUUUAAAGAGGAUAGAAAGAUUCAUGUUUUUAUAUGUUUAACAAAACUCAAUGUACAUUUUAUGUAUAAAAGAUGUAUAAAUUUGAUUAUGACAGUGCACCUCAAUAUUGUAAACUUUUGCCAAUGCCAAUUUUGCCUAUAUUGUCUGUACAAUUAAGUAAUCGCAGAAACCAAUUAUAUUAAAUGAACACAUUUUGAAUGUUAGCAAUUUGUUUUCAAGGAUCUGUAUAUUGUUAAAAAAAUUUUGGGUGUGAAAUUAAGAUGAAUGGAAAAUAAUAUCAGACUAUUGCACAUGAUCAAUUUCAUCAUUUUUACUUCCAUCCAACCUAGACUGUGUUACAACACCUGUUGUUUCUACUGCUCUUGUGGUAGCUGACUGGAUGGAACUGCAAUUUUUAGAUAUGUGAUCAUGGUUUCCAUAAGUUAUUUAGUUGAAAUUUUGUUCAACAAGAUUCAAAAGGAAGAAAUAAUUGAGGAAUAGAGAGGAAAGUAAACCCAAUCCAAUGAUUUGUAAAGUACAGUAGCUAUUUUUGGCUUUGUUUUGCUUGGAAAAUGCUCAGUUCCAAGGACUAAUGAGAAAGAAUGGGAGCUUGUAAAGGCAAGACUUCACAUCUAACGUAAAACUUCAGUAUUCUUGCAGAAAGCUGCAAUUGGAUUGGCAGCCAACACCUCAAAUUGAUGCAGGCCCAAUGUAAUGAGAUGGGAACAAGUAUUCAUGCCCCUCCAAUUUCGUAUUCUAAAGCAUCUGUUGAAGUGACAACCAAAUAACAGAUCUUGGGUACUUCACUUUUGUACUUGAAAAGGUACAACAUUGAUUGUUGUGCAUGAUGCAGUUGCAGUCAUACAGCUUUCCCAUACACAUAACCUACCCCCCCACCACACCAACUACCUUUCUGCUUUUCUCCCCCUUGUGUAAGGUCCUGUCCGGCAGCUAUAUCCACAACAGAAUGGGAAUAUCUUGAUUUUCUAUAGUGUCUGUUACAUUAUUGUGGAAGCAUAUGUGAAAUUUUCUUUUCUUUGUAGACUUAACUAAUAAAGUUAAGGAAAAUUCACAAUAUCUUAAAUGUCUAAUCUGUUGAUUGUUAAUUUUUAAUUUGCUUCAGGUAAUAUAACUGUCAAUUGAAAUUUCUACCUGCACAGUUACCUACAGUACUUCUUAGGAAUGUCUGAAGCCUCAGCUCCCAGAAGAAGGCUUCUAGUUUAUUCGCUAUAAAAGAAAACUCGGGUGAACUGACAAAAGGCACUGUUUCUAUUCCUAACUGUAACAUAA